AUGAUCGAUUUGGCUACAUUCGAACACCCGGCUGUGACUACCAUAAACGGUAAGCAUUGGUUCCACGAACUCUCUGAAGAAGCCUUCCCCGGCCAGGCAUUCUCGCUCGAGAUCGAGGAAGUAUUGUACCACACUAAAUCAGCCUUCCAAGACAUCCUCAUCUUCAAGCUGAGCAAGUUUGGCAAUAUCUUAGUUUUGAACGGAAUUAUUCAAUGCACCGAAAGAGACGAAUUUGCGUACCAAGAACUCAUUACACACUUGCCUAUGUUUUCGCACAAGGCACCGAAGAGAGUGCUAGUUAUUGGGGGAGGAGACUGCGGCGUAGUGAGGGAGCUCAUCAAGCACUCAAAUGUGGUAGAUAACAUAACCAUGGUGGAAAUCGAUGACAUGGUGAUUCAGUUGUCCAUAAAAUACCUCCCACAAAUGGCCAAGUUCCAUAACCACGAGAAGGUCAAGAUAGUUAUUGACGAUGGUUUCAAGUUUCUCUCGAAUCUCUCACAAGUAGACGAAAGUGAAAAAUACGACGUGAUCAUCACCGAUCUGUCGGAUCCCGAGGGACCAGCCGAAGAAUUCUUCCAAGUAAACUAUUUUAAGCUCUUACUGAACUCAUUGCGUAAAAAUGGGAUUGUUAUCAUGCAAUCUUCUGAAAACAUCUGGCUCAAUUUGGACUAUGUUUCAGAUUUGAAGCAUAAAGCUCAAAAAGUGUUCCCCAAUGUUGAGUACAGUCAAUGCUACAUGCCCUCAUACACCAGUGGUCAAUUAGGGUUGUUAAUUGCAACACACGAUGUUGAGAACAAUUUGAAGGUACCUACCAGAGAUAUCACUGAGGAGAAUGAGAUAACGGACAAGUUCAAAUAUUAUUCCGAGAAAGUGCACGAAGCCAGUUUUGUAUUGCCUAAAUGGGCCGAUAGCCAAAUCAACAAGUAG